AUGGCAUACAACGUUAUAAUAGGUCGAACGACAUUCAUCGGCAUCAAGGCGCACCUCUCACCCCACAUGUGGCUGAUGAAAUUCCCAAGCUGCCAUGGCACGGGUGCGAUCCGAGAAGACCAGCCCAGUGCACAAACAUGCUAUGCGACAACGCUAAAAUUGGCAGCCUUCAAACCUCCAAGGGAGACCAUGUCUGUUAAAGGGGCACCGAAUGGUAAUGGGCCCAUUGACGACCCAGGGGAUGAAGCUCCGAUACUGCAAGCGCAACUUGCUCAGGACUUGGAAACAGUCGUCCUGAACGAGGACCAACCAUAA